CACUACAAAUCUAUUACAUUUAUUGAGAAUGCCACCCAAAAAGAAGGAUGAAGACUCUAAGAAGAAAGACGAAGAGCCAAAGCUGAGCGAGGUGAACUUCAAAUCAAAGGACCCCCAGACCUUGUACCACUUACUAUUCUCUAAAGAGGAGAAUAUUUUGUGGAGGUCAUGUGACGCACUUUACAAUUACUCACUUGUCGGUGAACCAAAUAAAACUGAGUUAUUGAGCAUGGGGACAGUAAAAGCUGCGAUACCUCACCUGUUAUCAGCUGACGCUGCCACUCGUCGAAGUAGUGUUAUGCUCGUCAACUCUCUCUCGCAGUUAGAGGAAAGUAGAGCAGAGAUAAGAGAAGAAGAAGUAGUAGCAGCGUUGAUAAACCUCCUUAAGCCAGAGGAAGGGGUUAUGACUCACGAACAUGCUACAAAGUGUCUUCUCACUAUUGCUGACCAAUACACGACGAAGUCAGUUAUCCUAGAGAAUGGAGGAGUGGAGCUGUUAGUCCAGCUGAUAACGGACCCAGACCCUCUUGUUCAGCAGAACACCCUUGAAACUAUUGAGCUGUUAGCUGUAGAUAGUCAGUGUAGGAUUGCUCUUAAUGAAGCUAAUGUAGUGACGUCUCUCCUGGAAGCCCUGAAUUGUGAGUACCCCGCUAUACAGCUGCUAGUUCUGAAAGUUACCUACUCAGUUUGUCAAGAAGAGUGUGUCAGGACCUCUGUAAAAGAUGUUAAUGGUUUGGAGGCGUUGUUGAAGAUGUUAACGAACGAGGAGGUCACCGACCUGCACGAGGGAAUAGUUCAAGUAGUAGGAGUAUGUAUGUUAGACACGGAACAGUUGGAUGCUAUGAAGGAUAGUGGAUGUCUGUUAACACUCGCUAACUACGCCACUUCCACCGAGCCUCAGGGACAGUUAAACGCUCUGCGUGCAAUCAGCACAUGCAGUGGAAAACCGGAGAACUGCCAGAUUCUGCACGAUAACGAGAUUGAGACCACAAUAAUGACAGUGCUCGGGGGUGAGCACGCUGGGGUCCUAGCUCAAGCGUGUCUAACUGUCUCCACUAUGGUGGCCAACCCUCUGGUCAAGGAGACUUUCACCAAAAUUGGUGUCAUCCAGGCUCUAAUGAAGCUGAUAGGACACGAGGAUCAGACUGUUCAGGAGAUGAGCACUCUCUCAUUAGCUAAUUUAUCACUUAAUAGCAAGGUGGUGUGUCUAGAUAUAAUACAAGAUGAGCACGUGACCCAGCUAGUAGAGGUUCUUGAAGAGAGCACUUCUCCGCGCAUUCUCAGCUACCUGGCUACCGUCGUGUUCAACAUCGUCAAGUUCGAGACACUGAGAGAGCAGCUGGUGUCUCUAAACGUCAUGCAGAGUCUCUCCGCCUGUCUCACCAACCCAGACACGGACGUGUGUAUUGCUGCCUGUAAAGCACUCGCUGCACUCGUAGCUGACUCAAGUGCUAGAGAAGAGUUGCUCAAAACUAACGCACUCGGAUCUCUUGUUUCCAUCCUCAAGGAGUCCAGCAAUAAAGAGGUGCUAAGAAAAGCAGCCUGGACUAUAGGUAUCUCUGUAGCAAAUGAGGAAAUGGCGAAAGAGCUAAACAAGAACGGGGCUCUACAAGUUCUGAUGGACAUGUGCACUAAUGAUAUACAGGGAGUAAGUAACCUGGCAGUAGUUGCGUUAGAAAAGCUGCUCCACUACGAUCUAGCUGCUAAGUACUGGCACAUGGGGACCCUGUCCCAGACUGAUGUUGUUAAGGAUGGUUUCUACGAUACUGGUGCUCACAAGCCGGGAGAUGAUUUCAAACCUAUCAAGCUACUUCUCGAUCGCAAGGUAGAUAACAAGAGAGCAGUACUGUACGUUAGUUCGAUAGGAGCCGACCCAGAGCCAGCUGAUAUGAAGUCUGAAGCCAGUACUACUGGGUCUACCACCAAUGUUAAGACAGGCCGGGGCACAGCUAAAGGUAAAAAGCCGCACAAAGCCGAAGAAAAGAAAGAAGAAGUCCCGGAACCAGAGCCACCAAAAGAGCAGAAAGAUACUGGAAAACCUCGCGUGGACUCUUCACUCCGAGAGUACAUAGAAGAAGCAACCUCCGCAGUCGGUCCGCUCCCCACUCAAGCUGAGCAGAUAGCAGCACUAUCAGUGUACGUUAGUAAUCAGAUGGGAGGCCCUGUUACCAGCAUUGCCGCCCUAUCAUACGACCUUCACAUCGCCCAAAUCAAAGCAGAUCUCAAGACUAAUGUUAUACCCAUCGGGUUUAUCAAACGGGGUAUUUUCUACCACCGGGCUUUAUUGUUUAAAGUUCUAGCCGACAGAGUUGGAGUACCCGCCUCGUUAGUGAGAGGAGAAUAUAACAGAGCCUGGAAUGAGGUAACCCUGGUGGAGGGAGGGAAGAGUAAGCAUUAUUUGGUGGAUCUGAUGUGGGAACCUGGUCAACUUUUGGAAGUGGGAAGUCAUGGGGCUGGGGUUUACAAGAAACUUUAGAGAGAGAGAGAGAGAGAGAUCGAGAGAGAGAACACGUGACUUUCCAUCAGUGAGAUAUACAGUGUCGCUGCGUAGAAGAUUGUACAGUGAUGAGUGUAACAGAAUAUGUCAGAUAAGAGAUGGAUUGAUUUUAAAGUUUAGUCAGAUGUAUAACUAGCUCCCGCUCGGCACUCACAUAUCACGAGCUAUUUGAAGGGUAGGCUGAAAAGGAUUUAAAAUCAUUUCAUCAAUAAACAGAGAUGAUUGUUUGAUUUUAUUGCAUUUAGAAUUUGCGCUUCUUACUCUCUUGAAAACGAUUUGAUUUUAUUUGGUGUCAAUCGGACAGAAAACUUCCAAUCACCCCCACAUAAAGUGUCUAGAGUUAUAACCGAUGCGUUAUGAGAGGUGAUUAUACAGGAUGCGUGAUUUAUUUUUGUUAAUAAGUAAUCUGUAAAUAGUGUUGAUAUUGAGGAGGAAAACUCCCUACUUUGCUACUGAA